UAUGAUUUGCCGUCUGUUCGUGGAGGGAGGUACCUCAGUGCAGUGGCUGGCCGUAAUGCUCGCUCUUCUCCUGUCACCCGUCAGCUCAUCAGUAUGGUCUUACUCCCUCUCUUCUCUGGAAUUCCUGGAGUUUGGCUCGUCCUCGGCUAACAUCACUGGGUUACUUCUGUUGGGAAAUGCAGUGAACUCUGACCCCAUCCCCAUCUCCCUACCAAAUGGCUUCCCUUUCUCCAAUGAAUCUGAGUCUGUUGUUUAU